UGUUUGUAAUAUUCAUAUUGACGUAGAACUAGAAGAUCACGAUAUUUUUUCUUCAUAUAACCUACAACGAUUAGAUUUACUUUUGCAACUUCCAAAUCAUCCAAUUUUUCCAAAUAUUAACAAGUUCCAACUUCCACACGUCCAAUCGCCCUUGUUGCGUUAGUUUUGAACAAGUAGAACGACACAACGAACAAGAUGUGCAAGCACGGGUGUUGUAGUAGAGAGGAGCCCAUGGUGGACGUGGAUGAGGAGGAGCGCCUCACUGCUCGGAAGGAGCCAACAUACAGAAAAUCCACAGUUAGGGAACUCCGAAAUAGCAUUGAGUCAGGUACUAGAAUUUAUAUCUAGUGGCUUCUAAUGAAGAGAAGAAAACUUGAUCAAUGUUGAAAAUCGAUAAUUCAAUAAGUUUUCAUAAGAAACAAGAACCCAUCCAAUUCUAGACCGGCAACAAAGUUCAAUCCAUUCAUACAAUCACCUGAAUCACCGUCUUGACUUAUACUUACCUAUACCUGUUGUAUCCAAAUCCAAUCUGUCCCUACCUGAAUACCUUCACAUUCAUUUUUACACAGAUUCCACGUAUUCGAGCUACAGCGAACCGAUCCUGCCGUAUGACGAAGAUUUAGUGGUGAUUAACAACAAGCACGUCGGGUGCUGCUAUUGCUUCAACUACUUUAUUUGGGUCGUGUUUGGUGGCUUCUGGAUGUCGCUUUUCUGGUGCCUCGCAGGAAUCCUCUGCUGCAUUACUGUUUUCGGGUACUCCUGUCUGAUGUUCAUGUUCUUUCUAUUUUUGGUAGUGCUUUUACACUUCUUGUGCUAUUUUCGUUCAUCUUCAACGGUAGAAUCCUCUCCUUCUCUUUUAUUUACCAAACUAACAACUAGCAUCUAAUUCUAAUUAAAUUGAGGAUGUUCUUGUUCACUUUACCUCUUGUUAGGCACAUUCAUUCACUCAUUCAUUCAUUUACUCUCCUUCUCUUUUUACCAAACUAACAAACACUCUUUUUUGUAUGGAUAAAGUCAACAGGAGACAAUCAUUUACAUCUUCUGGGUUACAACUUUACAGCCUAUACGCUCACCCCGUCAUAAGUGAGCCUACUCCUAUCCUAUCCUAAUAUGUUCAACUUCACCUACAACAGAAUCCCGUUUGGUUGCAAGUGCUUCAAGAUAGCGUGCAUAGUUUUGGUACCCUGGAAAAACAAGAAUGCUGGAGUCGUGAAGAAGCACAUCUAUUGGAUCAAGAACCCAACGCCUGCGUACUUCCAGAUCUUCUGCUGGUACUUCUGCGCACUCUGGCUCAGCGUCAUGCAUUUGAUCUUUUUAAGGCUGCUCAAUUCUACUGUAUUUUUUUCUCAAAAUAUCCCUUCCUCGCUCUUUGUAAAAACCACUAAAAGCUCGCUCUAAUUAUGCCCCGUUUAAAGAAAAAUAACCGAUCGAAUUUCCCUCAUUUUCAUCUUAGGUUCGUUAGUCCGCCCUUGAAACAACAUAAUAAGUCCGCUUCACUUACCUCUACUAGUUCUUCUAAGAGGUCCUCGUGAAGAGAGACAACCAGUCAUCUCUCUCAAAAAGAACUAGUUCUUGUUCCCGAGUAGCUGCGACCAAUCACCCAAUUGUAAGGGACCGAAAUAGAAGAAAGGGAGAGCCGACCAAAGCUAACCUAACCUAACCUGGAGGAUCCAUAACCUAACCUAUCGACUAUCGACUAUCGACUUCUACUUACCGACCCUAAAUAAAACAACGGCAACAGCCUCUUCUAAUCUUCGCCUUACUGAACGCUGUUAUCCUGGUCGGAUUGCCUUUCGCCUACCAGCACUGCAAGUGGUUUUGUAUGUGUUGGACCUGCGGACAUAUCGCAUUAACCAUAGACGAAUGCGAGGAGAUCACUGGCAUCGACGCCCGUAUGGGAUCCGAUGAUGAGGAAAAACGGGGUUAAGUAGAAGUACUCCUUGUAUUAAAUGUAGAAGUUGUACAUAGAAGAAGUGUUUUAGUUGUACAGAGUGUGAGUUUAGCUUGGGGAAACUUCUAUACCACACAGCUGAGGAGACAUACACGACCAGUGAUCUGAAAAUAUCUUUCUCAGGAGGAGAUGAGCAGGAUGAAACAUAAUUCAUGACUACUAUUGAUGAGAUAUUACGAACUUCAUGCAAUGAAAACACACAGGAGAAGUUUGGUUAAGAUUCAUAAUUUGAUUAACAAUUAGAAUAUUUUCAAUAUUUCUAAUCGGAUUUAUCAAAAGAAUACUAAGGAACAGUAUCGAAUUGAAGUAUUGACUAAGAAAAUUAGAAUAUUAUCAUCAUUAAGCAUUACCAAUUUGUCAUUCAGUUAUAGCAUAUUACUUUCAAAAAUACGAGAAUGUAACUAAUUGUAAUUAAAGCAAACAACAAUAUAAUUGAUAAUAUCAUCAUUAAGAUUGGAAAAAAAAGUCCGGUCGACGACAGUUGUUAGGCGAGAAGGGAUAAGGGUAGCGACGUGAAAUUCUACAACAAAACGAAAAUGCAACAGAGGCGAUGCAUAGUAGAGCUGAAGGCUGUCUACUUAAGGACUCAAAUACGAGAGGUUGCUAACAAUUAUGGACCGUAGAGUCGCUCUUUAUUCUCAUCCUCGCACAGUACAAUGAGCUUCACGGGGUUAUUCAGAGUAACCUAGGUGCGUGGAAAGAUUAAAGAAUUAAGGAAAGUAUGGAAGAUAAAAGAUGAUAAAUUUGAAAUUACGUUUUGAAAGACCUAGUCGUGGCCUUGGUAAGAAAAACGGAAAUAUUCUCUUCGUCAUGCUACCAGAAGAACUUGCUUAUGACCAUAUAGAUACUAGGCGAAUCAAUCUUUCCCAGAAAAAACGCACUUGUUUUUAAACUACUAAAUAGUAAUCCUGAUAGAGGUCUCUCUUCAUCGUCAUCGUGAAGUUCUGGCGAGAAAUAGGAAUAGAGUACUAGAGCUGAAAAGAGUAGAUGAGCUGAUCUAGGUGGGAGACAGAGACAGGAUGAACGUGGGAAAUGAUAAAGACAAAAAUGUCAUGCAAUUAUACUUUUGAUGACAUGAAAUAUUCAGAGGCUGCGUUAAUCCGCUUGGGAAUGCAGCUAAACCCUGCGGACGGCGGAUCACAUCCUAAU